GCGAAAAAAAAAAAAAAAGACUGUCACAGCCUCGUGACACCGUGACGUCAUCUCACAUGACUUUUCCGUGUGAGGAGCUUCGCCCAGUGUUUAGUUGCUGCAGAGCUCCCGCGAGACUCCCUCCCUGCCGCCCGUCACAGCAGCUGCCGGAGACCCCGCUCUCGCUCUCGCUCUCUCUCUCCUGUCGGUUGGCCCUGUCCGCGCGCGCUGAGCACGGUUAGCCGGGGACCAUGGUGAAGCUGGAAGCUGCCGGGAAGCGGAGACUCGGGGAGUGCGCCCGGGGUCUGACACUGCUCGCUCUCAUCAGUAAGUAUGGGUGUGCAGCUCGCUGGGUGUGAGCGGUAACGGCCCUGUCCGGGGAGCCGGGGGGGGGAGGCAUUGACAGGCAGGGAGCGGGACAUCACGUGACGGGGGUUUGAUGGGAAGGUGACAGGCGGGGAGCGGGGCAUCAUGGGAGAGAAAGCUGGCUGGCACAGACCAUGGACAGCAGCCCGGGGCUACCACCACCCCCCCGACCGGGCUACUACCCGGCCCAAAGGGGAAGGGCCCUCGGCUGACCUCUUUAUUCUCCUAGAAAUCUUUCAGGCUAAAUUAAUUAGUUUGUUUGUUAGAUUUAUUAUUAUUAUUAUUAUUAUUAUUAUACACCAGGUUACACUUAUUAUCCCUGCCUUCUUGUAUGAACAUAUAUAGAGAUACAUAGAUACAUACUGUAUAAAGCGAGAGGAUUUAGACCUUCAUUCCAAAUAUUAAAUAAAUAAAACCUAAAAAGCCAGCCAGUACAUGCACAGGAGGUUAGUAGACAUUGGGGCAGUCCAAUCCUUAUGCGGAAGUCAGACUUUUUUUUUUUUGUUUGUUUUUAAAGUGGUAGCAGCCCUGUUAUAUGCUUAUAUUAUCUAUUGCUGGUAUGGGUUUUUAUUAAGGGUUUGUGGUUUUCAAAGUGCAUGAUGGGCGUUUUUAUGGGACUGUUUGUGGGAUUAGAAUUGGAUGGUAAAGGGAUUCUAUAGAGUAAGGCGGGGGUGCCCAAAAGGUGGGUUCCCAGAUAUUGUAAAACAACUCCCAUGGUGCAUGGGUCGCGAGCACAUUAAGCCCUCCCCAUAGGUAAGCAUUGCUACAAUGCUUUGCUAUGGGGAUUUUACUGACACUGGAUGUUCUUAUGGAGAGCAUGAGGAUGUCCAACAUCAGGCAAUCAAAAGUUGAUUAGCCACCAGGAAGCACCUCUAGUUGCUUUCUGAUUGACAGCCACUAGAGGCAGUCUUAGUCCUGCAAUGUAAAGAUUGCAGUUUCUCAACAACUGCAUUGAUUUACAUUGCAGGACUGAGUAGGACCUGGUCGCUGCACCCAGACCAAUUUAAAGAGAUGAAGUGGUCUGGGUGUCUAUAGUGUCAAUUUAAUUAUAGUUUGCAGUGUACAUGACAUCCUAAAGUGGCAAAGGUCCACAAUGGUCAUUGGCUGUUAAUUGUCAUGAAAUAUUGCUCUUUAAAUAUACAAAGACUAUUAUAGUUUGUAUGAGGUUGGCAAUGUUUAAAAUGAUUCUGUCAACAUAUAGGUAAGCAAGCCUUCAACAUAAAAGUAUUAUUAGGCAGACAUCAUCUUGAAAAUGUCAUGGUUUGGUUUUUUCUUUUCUUUUUUUUUUAAACUUAUUUAUUUUUUCUUGUCAACAUGGUACUUAGUAAAUAGACUUAGUUUACAGCACAGCUUGCAUGUCAUUGAAAGGAACACUAGAGCAUUAAACUUUUGUUUUAACACUGGUGUUCCUUUCCCUCUUUAGACGAAGGUCUUUUUUUUUUUUUUUUUUUUCUCAAUUUAAACUGAAACUAAACUUUAUUUCCUAGCAAAGUCUGUUUUCUUGUAGCAACCCAUCUGACUCCUGUAAAGAUAAUCAGGACUGAUGAUCUCUGUCCAAUCUAAUACAUCUCAUAGAGAAACAUUGAAACCAAUGUUUUUAAAAUGCCAAGCAUGUGUUGCGUUCAGCAUAAUCAUGGUGUGUGUGUGUGUGUGAUGACACUAAACAUGAAGUCCUUAGAAAGUUGAAGGUCUUUUGUAAAUGACUACUAAAGUCACUCAGGCCACUGAAUCUCAGUGAAGUGGCCUGAUUUCAGUGUCCCUGUCCUUUUAACCCUGCAACGUGAAACACUGCCGUUUAUUUUAUUUAUUUAUUUACUUUAGAAACUAUAAUUUUUACAUUGCAGGUUUAAAUCCACCACUAGUGGCUGUCUUCCUGACAGCCACUAGAGGGGUUUCCACGGCACUGACAUAGUAAAAUUCAGCCACGUGACCAAACAGCCCCCUUAUCAAAGCAUUUAAGUGCUUUCCUAUGGGGAAGCACGCGUGUUCGCCGUUCAUGCGUUUUAGGUCACCAGUGCUGCUCUGAGUAGUAUUGGUGUGUAUCAUCAUCAUCAUCAUCACGGAAAGAGGGGAGCUAAGCUGUGCGAGUGAGCCAAAGCAAUGGUAAACAAUAAGUAAAAGUUAUUACAUUUUAUUUGAAAGGGGAUGGGCCUCUAUAACUAGGGACAAUGACACUAAACCAUUAGGAAUACCAGUUUGUAUUCCUAACACUUUAAUGUACUUAUAGUGGCUGGCAGCCACUAGAGGCAUUUUUACAUGUAUACAUUUCUAUUUGUCAAUGUGUACAAUAUUUUUUGUUGGUGUACUACGUCCCCAUUAAAAAUCAAUAGGGUACAACAUAAAGCAAACCAUCCAAAUUGAUAUGAAUGAAUUUAGAACAGAAAUUGUCUGUUUGCAGUGACUUGUGUAGAAGAUAUUAUGGGAAACUUUGAAUUUGACAUUUCUUCAAUCAAAUGCCUUUCCAAAAAGAGGCACUCAUUUUUCUUUUUCUUUUUUAUUUAUUUAUUUAUUUAAAGAUAACUUUUCCCACAAUACAUGCCUCUCUAUCCUGUCCUUCCUCCGAAGCCUUGCAAGAUUUUCAAGCGUAUACCUAGUUCAGUUUUCAUUGCUUGCCGCUUACAGGGGGUGCGCGGCUCAUGGAAGUCACCAUAGUGCUUUCCCGUUGCAUAUGGUGCACAUGAGAAAGCAGUGAUGUUAUGUCACUUGCAGCAAUUAGAAUAUGGUGUCCCCAGGAAUGGGCAUCCAGCUCUGUGAACAAUGCAAAGUUUAAUAUACAGGGUGGGGAAUUGGGAACAAAUAAAUACUUAUUGGUGAAGCAUAAAAAAAAAAUCUGUAUAUGACAGUUGUUUUAAUACCUACUUCCAGCAUAAUAACAUGUUUGUGGCGGAGAGUCUAAAACAGGGUUACCUCUCUAAUAGCAGCAGUAUUUUCAUUUGUAAUUAUCUUAAGUAAAUGUUGAUUUUAAUUCCCCAAUAUUACAUUUUCUUAAAAUAUAAAUUUAUUUGCAAGUCUGUUUUUUUUUUUUUCUCAAUUUAUUUGUCUUGAUAACAUUAUUGUUGCAGUUUGCUGAGCAGGCUGAUUUUGCGACAAUACCAGAGGUGUUUUGUUUAUAACUUUGCUAGGGUGCAGCUAUCUUACAAUCAUUUUGCAUUACUCAAACUGUAAUUGUAACAUAAUAUUUGCUGUUGCAGAUACACGUGAUACCUUAAAACCUGUUUCUUGUCUUGGCAAAGGCUUUUAUGACAUGUGACUGUAGAAGGCUGAAACACAAUACUGCCUUUGUAUAUUUCCUUUGCAAAGGAAAGAAGGCACUGAGAAAAUACAUUAUAUAACACAUUUUGAUCCUGUUUUAUAAAACAAUUCAACAAUACUGGCCAAAGUGGUAUAUAAACCCACAAUGGAGUAACCUUUACAAUUUACAUUUUUUAGUUUCAUUGUCUUCUUUACCCACUAACACCAGGCAACAUAUUAAUUAUAAACUUUUACAUUAAAUAUAAAACUACUGUUAAUGGUUUUCUUCUUUGAAUGUUAAAGGGAAACUAGUCAUCAGAACAACUUUAGCUUAACCCCUUAAGGACACAGCUUCAAAAGCUUGUCUUGCACUUAAGGACACAAGAAAUUUUCACAUUUUUUUGCUGUUUGCGUUCAACUGCAAUUUGCAUUUUACUAUUUUAUUGCACCGACACAUUAUAUACCGUUUUUUUUUUUUUUUUUUAAAGGACAAAAAGGGCUUUAAAUUGAUGUAACAGAUACAUAUAUAAAUGCUUAUUUAUUAUAAAAAAAAAAACACAAAAAUGCCCCAAAAUGUAAAAAUAUUGGGGGGUUUUUCUUCAGUUUUUGCAAUAAUAAUGUGUGCAUAAUUUGUGCAGGUUAAGGAAAGUAAUGAAAAAUAAAUUAAUUUAGCUGUUCUGAUUUACAGAAUAUAUAAUGUGUCUAGGAUUUUCAUUUUUUUUUUUUGGUAGUUACAGCUCCCAAAACACAAGGAGUAAAAUAAACUUUUAAUGUGGAGCGAUUUUAGAAUUUGGUAUGUUUGUCUUGUAAGCUUAAUAGGCAUAAAAGAUAACAAAAUUGCCACACAAAAGUAUAUAUUUAUAUGAAGCAGACAUCACAGGCUAUUUAACAUUAUUUUGUCACUUUUUACGUAGCCAUUUCACCGCCAAUCCCUGCUAAAUAUUGGACUAAAAUGUAGGUGUUUUUUUUUUUUGUUUUUUUGACACACAAAAUUAUAACAAAGAACUUCUCAUGUGUAUUUCGUAAAGUUAGUGUGUGCUAUUCCUGUACAAAACCUAACUUUGUGUUCAGCUACAUCUGCUGAGUACAAUGAUACCCCCAUUGUAUGUCUUUGGCACUAUUUCGUAAAGCUACAGCGCCAUAUAGGAGACCUGUCCAUUUCGGUAUUAACAGUAGAAUUUUGAGACGGAUUUGAUGGGCCUAUGUUUCAAUUUGGGCCACUGGCACUUUCACAAAGUUUAUACAACUUUAUCCUAUACUGGGAUCUUUUGGCCGGGAUAUAUUGUUUAAACCCCAGUCUGCCCUUGUAUUUCAUUAUAUACUCAUCUACACAAAUAUUUUUUUGUGGGGUGUAAAUUGAGCCAAACUGUCUGUUGAAGUGGGAAAUAAGGGGGCGAAUCUUAUAGAGAUUAUUGUAUUGAGGAUUAUCUCUUGGGGGGGCACUUCGAAUUGUCGCUGAAGUGUAAAAAGCGAAGCAUUGCUUCAUAUCUGGACCUGUUCAUGGUCUGGGAGUAAAUAGGGGUGCUGCAUACAGGAUUUUUGGACCAGUACAUCCUGAUGCUGGGUUUUUUAAUAAUGCCCAUUAGCAUUAUUAGUGCCCCAAUUUUUUUUUUUUUAAUUCUGGCACACUGGUGGGGUACCAACUCCCUUGCCUAGCGAUGAGACUCAUUAAGUGUCAGGUAGUGCACAGCAUAAAGGUUGGUCUGGGUGACUAUAUCCCCUAAAAUAUCAUCCCCCAAGAAUAGCUGCAUGAAAUCCAGUGCACUGUAGUUAGACGUCAAACUGAAUUCCAGGACUGCCAGUAAACACUGGGAUGUCAGGCGUGAAAUCAUCUCGGGGUUCCCAGUCACCAGUGUCAUGAGCCAGGUCAGGGGACUCGGCGCUUACAACAGAUGGCCCUGCAGUAUCUGGCACAGUCUCAUCACCACUCUCAGAGGCAGUGUCUGUGGCGUCAGUCGGCUGCUUGUAUAUCAUAAGCCUCCUCAGCAGUGUACCUUCUAGACAUUAUGAAGGUGUAACUUUAACAAACUUUUUUUUUAAACUUUUUUAUUUUAUUUUUUUUACUUUUCAGAACUUUUCUAAACUUUUUGUCUCUAACUAGCCUAACACUCAAUUUCCCAAAUUCCCACUAAAGUCCACCCACUCCAGCUAACUAAGGAAUUAACGUUAAAUUAAAUAAAAUUAACCCCUAAGGGUUAAAAAAAAUAAAAAAAAUAAAAAUGAACCCUUGAGGGUACAAAAAAAAUUAGAUCAGUUAAAUACUGUGAUCAGUAUACUGAUCACUGCAGGCAGUGAUCAAAAGGGCAAGGAAAGGGUUAACACUGUUUUAAAAGUAUUAACAUUACUUUUAUAACCGAGAUACACUUUAAGCUAAAAUGGCACACAAUGUUGCAGCACCGAUCCGUUUCUCUCCACUUCUCAAACCACACAGAGGUGGAGGGAGGAGGAUCCGGAAUCACAGCAGCACUGUGAUCGCUGUGACUGGUUGUCACAGCAAUCACAUGUGCUGGGACAGCUCAAUUGGCGGUUGCUGGUCUGCCUUUGACAUCGAGGCACCCAGCAACAGCAUUAACCUCACGUUUGCCGCGAUCUGGCGUUAACAUUGGUAAAUGACUGGAGAUUUUCCGUCAACGGUCCUUAACGCACGGACAAGCUUGACGGAAAAUCUCCGUCUUCGGUUGCGAUGGGGUUAAAGGGCCACCGUAGGCACCCAGACCACUUCAGCUCCACCACCCUUAACCCUGCAAGUGUAAUUUUAUAAACUGCAAUAAUUACUUUGCAGGAUUAAGUUCUCUUCUACUGGCUGUCUCCAAGACAGCCAUUAGAGGGACUUCCGGUUCUUAGACGACUUUUGGUCGUCUAAACGACGCUGGACGUCCUCACGCUCUGCAUGAGGAACUCCAGCGUUGCAGGAAUCCCCAUAGGAAAGCCAUUGCUGUGCAUGCGCAUUAGGUCUCCGGCAGAGGAGCGGGGGCGGAGCCUGACAGCGCCGAGGGACAUGGGCGCUGGAUUCAGGUAAGUGUCUGAAUGGGUUUUAACCCCUUCAGUGACAGAGGGGGGCACGCCAGGAUUCUCUAGUGCCAGGAAAAUAGGCUUGGUUUCCUGGCACUGAAGAAUCCCUUUAAUAAAGCAGUUUUUGUGUAUGGAUCAUGCCCCUGCUGUGUCACUGCCCAAUUCUCUGCCAUUAAAGAUUUAAAUCACCUUUGUUUCUGUACAUGCAGCCCCAGCCACACCUUCCCUGGCUGUGACUGACACUGUCUGCAUGAAAACAAAAUGCUUUCACUUUCAACCAGAUGUAACUUACUUUAAAAUUUAUCUCCCGCUCUGUAAAUUGAACUUUAAUCACACACUGGGGGUCCUAAUGGAGCGUGAGGGCAUCCAGCGUCCGAUAAUGGACCAAAACUUUGUUUGGAUUCCAGGAGCCCUCUAGUGGCUGUCUGGUAGACAGCUACUGGGGGCAGUAUUAGAGCUGCAAUGUAAACAUCCUCCAUUUAUGCAUUGCACAUUUAGAGGAAGAGAUCUCAGAAAACUCAUGAACUGGACACCGCACUUGAGUAGAGCAGCCUGCAUCAGUUUUACCUGGCCAGCACAGUUCCCUCUGUACCUCAGAGAAGCAAAGCACACUGAUAAAUAUACACAGAGCUGCAGCAUGCAAAUAAUACAAACCGUUCACAAACGCAACUCUACUGGCAAUCCACAUACAUGCACACAACCCUACAAGCAGCCUCUAACAUGCAAUACCAGAAGCAGCCCCACAUGUACACCCCACCAAACACACAAUGUGACACAUCCACACAAUUCCACAAGCAGUCCAUAGUCACAUGUAUCAUACAGAUUACCCCAAGCUGCCUAUGAACAUCUACAAUAUAACCGCUCAUAUACAAACAAAUACAAUGUUACAAAGCGACUGCAGCACCCAUAAAUAACACAAGUAGAAUAUGGCAACCGACACAACUCAACCCAAUUUAAACAAAUAGGACAGGUACGCCAAGAGACUUCAAGAUCUUGUUUUGUCACAGUACUACUAAAAGGUUGCAUACCGCUGAUCUAGUAACUACUUCAUUAGACUGCCUGGAUUCAAAAACAGCCCAUCUUGUUCAUGCUUUCUCUCCCCAGCAUCAAAAUAAAAACCCUGAUAUUGAAACAUUUUUUUUUUUUUAAAUGUCUUGUGACAUGACUCCUGUUAUUUUUGAAAAUUAAAAUGACUCCAUUGUAAAGUGUGCAUUUAUGAAGACUAAUAAUUCUUUGUUCAUUGCAGGUCUUUUUCAGACUGCAUCCUCUAUUCGAUUUGAAGUAAAAAAUGGAAGCAAUACUUGCAUAAUUGCAGAUCUAUCUAUUAAUUUUACAGUUGAAUACAACGCACUUAAACAGGUAAUUUUCUCACUUACUCUUGGCAAAACUUUUAUUUUUUUUUAUUUUACUCUGUUUUUAUAUAGUAUUUACUUUUAAUUUGAAAUUUUAAAGGGUGUGUGGUAUAUAAAAUUCCUUUGACUAGAAUUAAGUUACUUUCAUUCAUAGUUGAGGCUUUACAUCUUUCUAAAUUAUUCUUCCAACUAACCAGACCAGUUAUGCCUGCUGUACUUAAGCACUUAUCUUUUCCUCAGGAGAAAAUUACUUUUCCAUUGCCAAGCGAUGCAAAAGUAGGUGUACAAAGCACUUGUGGCAAUGCAACCGUCUCACCAAGUUUAACCAUCCAGUUUGGAGCGAAUCACUUCCUGAGCAUAAAUUUUACAAAAGACUCUCAACGCUAUGAAGUUGUUGAAUUGAUUUUUGUUUAUAACUUAUCAGACACUAGCCUGUUCCCAAAUGCAACAGAAAAUGGUAAGUUGCACAGUUUCUAAUGUCUUUCAGAUUCAUAAUAAUUUGUAUGUAUGGUUUUCAGAGAAAUUAAACCUUGCUUCUCCCCCCGUACCCCACACUUUUUUUUUUCUUUUCUAGGAACAAAGAUGGCGACUUCAAAUAGUACUUCAAUUUUUGCCAAAACUGAUACAGCGUAUAAAUGCUCUAAUCCACACCUCAUUGUGAUGGAAGCCGUCAACGCUACAUUUCAUGAUAUUAAACUUGAAGCCUAUUUGACGAAAAAUAAUUACAGUGAAAAUGGUAUGAUAUGAUUAAAUAGCUUUCAGUGGAACUGGUAUUUCUUUAAAGGUUUUUAACGUUUGUCAGACCCAGUUUUCUCAACCUGUUGUAUGUGUACCGUACAAGGUAUAUCUGAAAUGGUUAUGCAAGGGUGCUCAAUCUUUGGUUAUCGGGGGCCACUGUGAAAAUGUGGUACACAUCGUGGCGUACACUAUAGGCAACUCUUAUGUAAAUACAAUUUUAGGGAUUAUUUUUGUAUUCACUAAACAGAGGCAGUGCUCAGAUGAUAGCUUGUCAUUUUGUCUUUAGGUUGUUGUUGUGUUUUUUUUCUUUUUUUGUUUUAAUUCUUUUGUUGUGCAAAAGAUUAGCAAUCAUGCUUGUUAUGCCACAACAGCUGACAUAAACAUUUCAAGAUAUUAUGGUAUGUAAUUGAAACGGCACAUUUUUGAAAAGUUACACAGGUUAAAUCAAGGUGUGUCAGUAAAUGAGUAUGCAUAAGGGUUAACGGAGACAUGCUUUGUAGCCUGACACUGGGCGAGUAAACUCAUUCUUAAUCUAAUUAGAAAUUUUGUCUUUAGAUUUAUUUGGAAUGCUUGUUUCUAGAACACAUCCAUUCACAUAAGUAUGUACAUCUGAGGAGGGAGAAGAUUCUUUCUGCAUACAAUAAUUGAGAGGAAAAUUAAUUUAGAAGUAGGAUGUAAUGUUUGUGAAUAGAAAAAAGAGCACAAUAGAAUGAAAGGGGUAAUGCUACAGGUAAUAAAGAAUAGUGAAUGAAAAAAGCACAGGAAAUGGAGGAAGAUUGAAAGAAUUGCAAGGGAACAAUGGUAUCUGAAAAUAAUUGGUGGGUGAGGGAAUUGCAAAAUUAAGAGUUUUGUGGAGGGAAAGGGUGGGAGGAAGUAUAAGAAGGCUGUAGUAUUGGGAAAGGAGUGGAACAGCUAUGGUGAAAGACGGUGGUAGGGACGAGCACAGUUGGAGUGAAUUGAAGAAAACCUUUAAGGAGAUGGUGCAUGACCGGGCUUAAAGAUAUACUAUAGGCAUCAAAACGACUUUUCGCUUAAUGAAGCAAUUUGGGUGUAUAGAUCAUGCCCUGCAUUAUCACUGCUCAAUUCUCUGCCAUUUAGUAAUUAAAUCACGUUUGUUUCUAAUUAUGCAGCAAUAACCACACCUCAACUGGCUGUGAGUCGCACAACCAGCAUUAAUUUUUUAAAUUUUUUUAUUAAAUAUAAAUUUUUAAUCAGACCAUGGCAGGCUUUCUAAGUUAUAGUCUGAUCUGUUAAAUUGAACUUUUUUUUUUUUGUCAAUCUUUCGUUUAUUGAGGCAUACAAAGUGGGUACAAAAUAGAGAGGGAAAUGCAAUAAUGGUUUACAGUGGAGGGUUUGUACAUCAUUAAUUUGAAGAAACUACAUUUCCUGAGUAACGAAGCCUCAUUUUUUCUUUUUUUUUCUUUUUUUUUUUUUUUUGGCUUGUUGUGUAGCAUAAACAUAUUAUAACCAGAAGCAAUGCCUGUCAGUAGGCUACAUAACAUCUUGGACACGCAUUAGGUUAUUAAAUUGUCAGGCUGAACAUUCAAGAAUAUUGCUAGAUAACUAUCUGUAUACUCAUCACUAGAAAGAACAAUUUGUAAGGAGGUAUCUAUGCUAAACGUGCAUACAGUGGUAGGUGUGCUCAAGGCUAGACAUAUAUGGCUGUGUGAGUUUACUAAAAGCUUACAUUUACACUUCACUGGGCAUACGACAGGUGUAUACAUAUGUAUGAGGUGCCUAUGUUUGCCCAGCUGUGUAGGUUGAGAGUAUUCUGAGCCUCACUGUGGCAAGAGUAAGCUAAAAGGUUGUAACGAUUAAUCACGAUUAAGUAGAUAAGAGGAUGCAACUGGGGUACUUUUGCCUCUGUCCUUGGGGAGAGAGUCUCUGCUUUGCAGGCAGGGUCGCGGGCUGCAAUCCGGGUUGCAUCAGCCGAUGCCUGUUCUGGAUGCUUUGAUUGCGUUCCCUGGAAGGCGAUUCAGGUGUUCCUGUGGGCCCAAUCUGUGUUGACAGGUGGAUUCAGUGGCACCUCUAUGCUGUGAUUCAGAGUCUCCAACGGGUGUCCGUGUGGACACGUUCACUGCGAUCCGGUAGGCGGCUGCAACCGCAGAGGGCACCAGAGUGCCGCGCUUGGCUCUGAGUCUCGGGCUCAGCGAGGAACUUGCUUGUGGGGCCUGUGCAGCACUUAGGUUCCUGCGUGGGUGAGGUCGGGUGUUUGCGCCCGUAUGCCCGGGUAAUGUUUCCUGUUUUGCUGGUCGUUUACGGCAGCCCCACCGGGCAGUUGUUCUGGGGGCCCUCAGCAUGGCGUCGUAAUGGCGGCGUCUAGUGGCCGGGCGAAGCCACGCGGCCACUGCUCUCAUAGCUUAAACGUGUGUGGCUCCGCUGUUGCGGAGUAUUGCCCAAAAGCUUUUACAGAGCCGAUCUAGUGCUGCCAUGGGCUGGAGUGAUGGCUGGGUGUCUGUGCCUUUCGUCUGGGGCCUGUGCUGGGCCGCCAUCUUGGCUGUGUUGCACCCCUACAGUCUGCGCGGCCCAUCCUCCAGUGUGCUUGGUGUGGCUGGGGAGGACCGGGAUGACCCCCACCGGUCCGGGUGGAGGGGGGGUAGGUUGUUUGACGGGUCGUUCCGAGCUCGGGGGGAGCGGCCGUCUCGCUAUGGCUCCUGUAGGCCACGGUGGGCGUCCAGUGCUCCCGGCCCCGACGGGCGUCGGGAGUUUGUCUGUCAAGUGACAGACAAACUCUGUGGGGACUGCACCCUGAUAUGUCUGUGGGCUUUUUAAUUGCGGGUUCUUUGUUUGAUUUUGCCCGUCGGGCAGGAGCUCAUGCAGUCCGCGUCCUCUCCGUUUGGCGGUCAAGCCCCUUAAAUUGAACUUUAAUCACUACCCGGAAGGCUCCUUCAGGGUCUAAAACUAUUAACAGAGCAGGAAACAAGUAAUUCUAGAUUAAACCGACUGUGCAAUACAGGAACCUAAACUAGGUUAUUUUUCAGGAAAUGUUUAUUAAGGCUGCAUGCAGGGAAGUAUGACCAGGGUUAUGUAAAGAAAGUGAGACUUCAUGGUCUAUACACCAAAACUGCUGCAUUAAGCUAAAGUUGUUUUGGUGACUAUAAUGUCCAUUUUUAGUUUGUAAGAGACCUUGUGUAAAAGGUCAGGGGACUGGGACCUGGGGACUAAGCAUUAAAAAAAAAAAAAAAAAAAAACAACCCUGGAAAAUGCUGAUUCUUGGCAUAUGGAUAACCAUAAAAGUGAAAGGUUGAGGGAUCUCGUAUUCAAACAGGUUGGUACCCACCCUCUUAGAGUGCAUCAAGACACUCUCAUUAGACACGCAUUAUACACACUUUUUGGGGUAGCUGCCCUGUCCAUAUGAGGAUGUCAUCUUGUAGGCUGAAACAAAGGUAAAAAUGGCUAUUAAGCACUUGCCAUUGUAUUUCUCUUUUGAUUUAGAUUUUUCAAAACAAUAUAUUUGAUUUUUAUUUCUGGCAGUGUUGGUGUGUAUUGAUUUCCUCACUUAAUGUUUAGACUGGUAGUAUCCAAAAUGUUAUAAUCUUUGUUCCUCCCUUUGGACAUCCUCUUAAUUAAAACUUCUUUCAGGGCUGGUGAGAUGGUAUAGGUUGCUCUUAGGACACCUCUGUCACGGUUCAUUUAAAACUGGUGGUGAAGAGAUGGGGAAAAAAAAUAAUAAUAAUAAAACAAAUAUAUAAUUUUUUUAAUAUUAUUGCAUUUUCUAUAUAGUACAUUAAAAAAUAUUUUUUUUUUUACAUAGACCUUAUAUUGUUACAUUUUAGCACGUUUGCUAUUAUAACACAUUACACCAUUUAAAAAAAAAAAAAAUUUUUCCUUCCCAGUAACUCCAUGCCCUGAGGAUAUUUCACCAACGACUGCCAAAACACCGACGACUCGCCAACCGACUACUGCUGCACCAACACCUACACCAAGUGACAUUCCUAAACAAGGAGAUUACACUUUUAAUGGGUCAUCUGGUCCCUGCAUACUUGCUAAAAUGGGUUUGCAGCUUAACAUCUCCUACAGUAAAAGUGAUGGCAAGGUAUGAAGCAUGCCUAGCUUCUUAUGGGCAUACCUCCAAUUAAUUUUAAGACUAUAAGAGAAUGGCUGUUUAUAUGUAUCAGAAAUAGAAUUUGGCUGUGUUUCAGUGGAAAACAAGUAAUUUAUGACACAAGAAUCCAAGAAGGGACAUGUGCUUUUUAUGAGAUUAUUUAACCUGUCUGCGUUGUGCAGAUUAAAACUACUCUGUAACCUCUAAACAUUUUGAGUAUUUAUUUUAUAAAAUACUCGAGAGAUUAAUUAGAAAGAAUCUUGAAAUUUGAAUACAGUCAAAAGAUAACAUGAGACAAAGUAGGGACUGUUUUUGUCUUAUGGUAAAGCCCUGACCAACCUUUUACAGAACUUUGACCAAGAAUUCUGUAAGAGGCAGAGCUUUAAAGUUUUGUCAGUUUCCCCAGCUGUCGCUAGGCACAGCUGAGGGAAUCUGGUUGCUUCAAGCAGAUCUCAAAACUUAGUCUAUUGUAGCUCCUGUAGUCUGUCUAUGGAAGCACCAGGAACUGAUGAAAGAAGUUGGUCAAUACCACGUAGGGCAGUUUCAGGUAUGAAUAGCUACAUUCCAAUGCACCCUUUGGGCCUCCGUACCACAAUGUCACCUUAGAGGGACUUUGCAAAUUAUACAAAGAACCAUGCUGCCAGAGGGGAAAAAAGAUUGUGUGCAAUUAUACAUAUUGCUAGCAACUACUUUUAUCAAUGCUUAGACUGAUACAUAUCUCUAUGGCAAACAUCGUUUUAUAGUGUGUUUGUUUUUGUGUGUUUUUUUUUUUUUUUUCUUUUUAACUUUUUAAAACCGUGUCCAUUGCAAAGAAGUGCAGAAUGAAGUCUGAAAUGCCGUUUGAUUUAUGAUCCUCUGCAUGUCAAGCUGGGAACUCUGAAAGGUCUUCAAGAAAUAGUUUCCACAACUAUCACAGAGUCCAACUUGAGAUAUGCAGAUAAUGCACAAAUAAUAUCUAUACAUACAUAGAUAUAUCAUAGUUAUUCUAUUUAUUAAACAUUUUACCUCUAUUUCAGGAAGCUAAAUCUGUCAUCAAUAUUGAUCCAAGCGGUGUUAAUGUGAAGGGGUCCUGCAGUAAUAGUUCAGCAACUUUAUUACUAGUUUCUGCUACAUCAAAUCUCUCCCUUCACUUUGUACUGGUAAGUGUGUUUUGUUUUGGUUUUUAAAUAGUUUAACUAUCCAUUCAUAGUCUGUUUGCUUUGUAAAAAUAAAAUUCUGUUUUGGAAUUUAUUGGAUUUUUUUUUUUAUUUUUUAUUUUUUUAUUUCAAAUGUGCCCUCAGCACAGUUUGCAGAGUAAUUUUGUAUUCUACAAUAAUUCCCCUUGUAAAUCUUAAUUUUGUUACAGAAUUCCACCAAAUAUUACCUUGAAGGUGUAGCACUAAACACAAUCCUGCCUGCGGAUGCAAAAGGUAAUAUAAUGUGACAAGAUGUCUGCAUGAUACUUUUCUUUGUCACCUUUCUUUAAAAUCUGUUAAUUGCAAAGGGCCAUCUUUCCACAUUACUAUAACCUCUUAUUUAUAAUAUAAAAAAGUCAUUGCACAUUUUGAGAGGGUGUGGGAUAAGGAGGAUCUGUUUACAUAGCUUACCUUUAACUUCCCUUCCGUCCUUGUAUAAACCUAUAACUUUCUUUUCUUUUUUUAUUUUUUUUUUCUUAUGCCUCUCAGGUUUUCCUUUUUUUUUUUUUUUUUUUCGUAUUAAAGUUCAAAUUUUAGACCCCUUUCCAAACGCUUCUAAAUGAUUUAGUUUUGCUUUGUCAUGUGAAUUUCAGAUUGUUGCUCUAUUAUUGAUACCUUGUUUUUGAUUAGAGUAUGAUUCUUGUUUUUGUUAUACCAAAAAAAUAUAUUGCUUUAUGUGCAGAUCAUGUUUUAAAUGCCAGUAAUUCCAGCUUGACCUACUUUGAGACAGCCACUCGAAAGUCCUUCAAGUGCAAGUCUAAACAGGCUCUCGAAAUAACAAAUAAUUUUACCCUAAACACCUACGACCUUCAGAUUCAGCCGUUUGAUGUGAAUGGAGACAAAUUUGGACCUGGUAAGUAUGCACAGUUUUUCGACCUAUAUCUGUGAUUUCCAGGCUCUUGUACCAUGUGGGCUAACUUUAUUAUGGGGUUUGUUUGUCUGGUUAUAUAUUGUGUGGGGUUUUGUUGUUAUAGUUUAUUUAUUUUUUAUUAUUAUUAUUAUAUGGGCAGGAGUAGUGGUUAUGGUACCAGGAGUGCACUUGGACUUCCUAGUAGAAGUAGCCUAACAAUCAGGAGGCUGGUCUCUGACUACAACAGAGCCAAAAAAUAUCAUGCUAGUUCACAGGGGAGCGUUUCUGGGUCUCCUGUAGGAGGUGACUGGCAUCUGUAAGACCCGAGUGUGCUAAUGGUUUAAUGGUUUGACUACUUACCCUAGGAGUUCACAAGGGCACUCCUGGCACCAAAACCACUGCAGCAUGCUGUAGUGGAUAUGUUGCUUGCCACCAUUCUCAGAUAUUUACUUAUAAUUACUGCCUCUGCACAGGGCUUGUCACAAUAUGCAAUUAUGUUGUCAAUGUACAGUGCAGUGCAACCCAUACUGUAAUUUGAGAAUGGGAUCAGAAAUCCCUGGCUAAUCUGUGUCCCCUAUCUCUCCCUCACACCUUAUCUGUUGAUCACACUAGACUAGACAAAAGGCCCUUUUCAGUUGCAUUAUGCAGGCCAACUACGGCAGCAAUGCACAAAGGAUAAGGAAUGUGUUAAAAUGGAUGACAUGUUCGUAGCCCUGUAAUUAAAAUAAUAGGAUGAUCUCUGAUAAAGAAACAUGCCUUCUCUGCCAAAUCUGCAGGGUACAUAGAAUGUCAAACGUAGAAUGCUAAUCUGUAGAGGUGUCUUUAUAUCAUGCGCUUACAUUUUAAUUUUUUUUACUGUGAUCUAGGCCCGAAUAAAACCAAAAUGUGCGUUAAAGGACCACUAUAGUGCCAGGAAAACAUACUCGUUUUCCUGGCACUAGUGCCCUGAGGGUGCCCCCACCCUCAGGGACCCCCUCCCGCCCGGCUCUGGAAAAGGGAAAGGGGUUAAAACUUACCUUUUUCCAGCGCUGGGCGGAGAGCUCUCCUCCUUCUCUCCUCCUCCGUUCCGCCCCGUCGGCUGAAUGCGCGCGCAUUCAGCCGGUCGCAUAGGAAAGCAUUUACAAUGCUUCCCUAUGGGCGCUGGCGUGCUCUCACUGUGAAAAUCAGUGAGAAGCAUGCAAGCGCCUCUAGUGGCUGUCAAUGAGACAGCCACUAGAGGAUUAGGGGGAAGGCUUAACCCAUUAAUAAACAUAGCAGUUUCUCUGAAACUGCUAUGUUUAUUAAAAAAUGGGUUAACCCUAGCUGGACCUGGCACCCAGACCACUUCAUUAAGCUGAAGUGGUCUGGGUGCCUAGAGUGGUCCUUUAAGUGGAACUCAUGAUUCGUGACAAGAAAUUGAGUGUUGUCUAGAUAUUGUUUCUUAUUUACUGACUGAUAAAAAUUUGUUAGCAAGUAAACAUCAAUGCGGAAAGGUAUAUUAUCCUUCUUUGAGCUGCAAUUAGAAAAUCUUGCACUAAGUGGGUGCAUGUUUUUCUGUGUUCAUAGUAUUUGAGACUAAGCAAAAAGCUUAGUACUAAAGCUCAGUGUGUACAGAGAAUGACCCCUUGCUUACAUAACCUGUACCUGUUUUGGCAUUAGUAUUACAUCUCAAUAGUUAUUUUAAAGGGGCACUGUCACCAUCUGGGAACUUUGUACAAUUUGCAAAGAACCCUGACUCUGACAUUGCCACUGGGGUUCCGGUGCUGGGUGGGGGCAGGUAAAGAUUUACGUACCAGAACCUGUCCCUCACAGGUUCUGCCAUCUUCCUCCAUCUCCUCUUCAGCUCCUGGAGCUUCAAUGCUAAGAGCAGACGUCAUUGCUGUACUCUCACGCAUGCAUUGAGGUCUGCUGGAUCCUCCAUAGACAGAGCCAAUUCCCUGCACCGAUCACUAGUGACAGCUGUUGGUAUUGACCCUGAGGCUCCACCCAGAGUUCUAGAAAAUUAAGUGGAAGAAAUAUAGUCCCUAAUUUGUCUCUUGAUCUCUUGACUGGGUUGGAAUUUCUGUGAAAUGCUAACACAGUCAAAAUGAGUAUUUCAUAUAGAUAGAAUCUUUAUGAAAUACAAUUAAUUUUUUUUUUUUUAGGGGUGAGUGACUGCUGUUUUAAUAACUUCUUUAGGUAUGUAGUUGGAGGAGAAUGGCCUUCCUUUUAUGUAGGUUUUGAUUUUCUUUUAUAUAUUCCGGGUUCAGAGAUAGAUAGAUAGAUAUAUAUAUAGAGAUAUAGAUAUAGAUAUAGAUAUAUAUAUAUAUAUAUAUAUAUAUAUAUAUAUAUAUAUAUAUAUAUAUAUAUAUAUAUAUAUAUAUAUAUAUAGAUAUAUAUAUAUAUAUAUAUAUAUAUAUAUAUAUUCUCACACACACACACUAUCUCCAUCCUGGCCUACCUGAAGGUAAAUUCUUGGCAUCUGUGCAUGAAGGGAGACCUUUUUGUGUUUAGUCACCCAUGUAUUAUCCCUCACAUGCCAGUAAAGAGAUUUUGGAUUAUCAGCAUGUUCUACUAUUUUAUGCUUUCUCAUGGGAAUCUAGUGCAUGGCAAAUUCCACUACAAGGGAAUUCAGGUAUUAAACAUAUCAAUUUUUUUUUUUGUUUUUUUUCCUGUUCUAUGUGCAUCAAGCUGAAAUUUUUUUUUAAAAUCUUGGAUAUAUGAGAAGAGUUUUGAUACUGGAAGCUAAAAUGUGUUCUUUCUCUCCCUCCUAGCUGUGGAAUGUGUACAAGAUGAGAAUGGCAUGCUGGUACCCAUUGUAGUUGGUGCUGCCCUAGCUGGACUUGUUUUGAUUGUAUUAAUUGCCUAUCUCAUUGGACGAAAGAGGAGCCAUGCUGGAUAUCAGACAAUAUAAUUUAACACCUCCAACAUGUGUCAUGUUACUAGUCUAGCUCAACAGAUUGCAUUGAAACAGUCAUUUAUGAUUAGAAAUAAUUGUGUGUUCACAGAAUGAAAUGCUCUGAUAUUUUAAGAGAACUCCUGUUUUAUUGCAUUUGUUGACUAUGCAGACGAAAUUAUCAUGCUCAAUUUGUGUUUAAAAAUGAAAAAAAAUCAUCAGAAUAAGAAAUCAAAUGGAGCUUCACCUCAAUUGGUUAGAUGACCGAGAUGUUAUGCUGCUUUCUUCUAAGAGAGGGCAGUAUAAAACUUUCCCAGAGGUUCUCAUUCAUUAACAAUGUAUAGUUAUUCACACUUUCAUACUUAAAGGGAAUUUGUUCUGUAUUACAGUAAAUAAGUUUUGCAGAUCACUCUGCAUUUUAGAUUUAGAAAGCAAAUUACUGACAUCAAACUAAAUGCAACCACUUGCAGGGUAUUUUUGUUCUAUCUUUUUGACGCUUACAUUCUCAUUUAGCUAUAAAUAAGCAAAUGCCACACUUGUGCAGGGCAUUAACACUGUAAUAUUAAAAUGAUUUUGAAUUCUUGUUUGCUGUUCUUGAUGCUCUGCUUUUUCAGAGCCAUUAAUUUUGUAAAAAAUAUUAAAAAAUGGGUGUCAUUUCUUAGGGUUUUCCCCAAAUGUUGCAUUUUCUUUCCUUUUUGAAGUUUCAGGUUUGGAUGAUAUAUCUUUGCGCACAUGUACAGUAUAGAUAUGCUGAUUGCCUAGCUUUAUGCCUGGUUGGGGUUAUAAAGUUCAAGAAAUGUUUGCAUUGCCUUAACAAUGCUAAUAAAAACCCUGUUUUCUUUAUAUUGGUCAUUUGCUUAUUUUGACACACAUCACACCAUCCUGCCACUCGCCUGCUGACUUUUUUUUUUUUUCCCUUUCUUUCUACACUUGCCAGUACUUAACUCAGUCUAGGAAAUAAACCCUUAUCUAAAUUAGUCUGCCAAAUAUUGUGUUGAACCAGUACAAGUAUUUUCUGACCCAAUACGUUGUCCUCACGUGUUGCUUAUGCAGGUGAAGUGUAACAUGACUGUUUGCUUUACUAAGUCUUCUCCAGUAAUCGGUGUACGGUUACUGUAUGACCUGAUUAAGGUGGCAGAUAAACUCUCAUCAGCUUAUAUAAUGCCAGGGCACAUUAAUUGAAUCUUUAGGUAUAGUGGUCUGUCAUGUGUAGUAGCUACUGAGAUCUUGUCUUUAUAAAUCUGUUGCUAUUGGCCAUCUUGAGAAUGGCAGUUGUGUGUUUACCAUUUUUUCCAUUUCCCUCUUCUGUUAUUAUUUUAGAGAUGGAAGAUUGAUUGUAGGUGCUGAUGGGCAAUGCAAUGCUCUAAUAAUUGUAACUCUGUAAUUAACUAUGCAAAUUGUAAGCAUAUAGUGCAUAAAGUAGACUGGCAUACUGGUCAUACUAAUCCCUAAAAUGAAAAUGCUUAUGUAAAUAAAGUAAUUUCAUUAUUUCAAAAAAGUAUUAUAUUGUCGGAUUGACUUUUCAAACUCUGUAUUUGUGAGGUGUGAAUGUGACUUCUAGGAGCACUUUUACACUAGUGCAGUUGCAUCUCCACAUUAGCUGAAAGAACACACUUUGGAAAUAAAUAUUUUAUUGCUAGUCUAUGGGUUUUAGUUGUAAAGUAGUGUUAAAUUUCUCAGUCAUCAAAACAUUUGAAAAGUACAGUACAAAAGUAUUCGAAGCAUCUCAGGACAGGUAGGUUGGUCUCCAAAAGUCAGUGGCUUCUUUAACCCUUUACCCAUAGAAAUCCAUUGUUUCUUAAUCAGUCAUUUGUAGGGUUAAUCAGUGCAAUUAUCAAAGGAAUGUAUCUUUCAUAAAUGAGUGUUCAUAAGCUUCUUGCUAUUAUUCCUGAGUAAGUAAUUUUGACUUGUGUUUUUCUCUAAGUUUGGUAAUUGUAACGUUUGAUAAACUUCCAGGCUCAGUGAAGAUUUUCUGUUUAUAAAAAAAAAAAAAAAAAAAAAGCGCUUUAGGG